AUGCCAAUGUCGGCGCGUGAUAGUGCCGACUCGGCUCUCGCGAAUGCGUGGACUGACGCACAGUCGAAUGAAUUUGCAGAGACGUAUUCUGAACACGACGACGAGAGCGAGAACAUGCAUGCUCCGACGGAGCCGGCUAACGAAUCCACGAGCCAAGUAUCAUCAUUAGACCUAUCGCACGAUACAAGUGCAUAUGCACGCAUGAUGCGUGAGUCAGAUGCCAUGACACCGGCGUCUUCAUCGUCUGAGCAUAUAUCGGCGUCCUCGGGCACACACUUGCCCUCGCCAUCAUCAACGUCAUCCUCAGGCAGCUCGUCCAUCGAGACAGCGCUCGUCUCAGAGGAUGGACAAACUCGCAGUGUGCCCUUGAGCACGACGACGGCUUCCACGAGUGCGGCACAGCACAGUAAUGUUUCACUAGUAAAGAAACGGCCCGGUCAGCCACAGUUUGAAGGAUUCUGGCAGGUUCAAUCGCUGGAUGAUUUGCGACCUAUGCGAGACUGCAGCCAACUGUGCGCGAAGCAGCGUCGAGCAGAUCCAGCAGGUGGCUCUGUGAGUCCACUCAAGGCUCUCACAUCAUAUUUGCACCAUACUUACCAUCUCGUCAACCCGGCGUUUGUCUACGAAUUGGCAUUUAAUCCACGACGUGUCCUGACCAAGCCAAGUAAGCCGAUGCACAAUAGUGGCUACGAUAAUGAGGACAGUGACUAUAUCCUGUACGUCAAUGACUACCUCGGAAGUGAAGAGGGACAUCGCUACCUCAUUCUCGAUGUGCUGGGUCAGGGCACCUUUGGCCAAGUCGUCAAGUGCCAAAACAUGUCCACCCAUGAGAUUGUGGCUGUGAAAGUCAUCAAAAACAAGCCUGCCUACUUCAAUCAGAGUAUGAUGGAGGUCACUAUCCUUGAGACCCUGAACCAGCACUGGGAUCCGAAUGACCGGCACAAUAUACUUCGGCUCCGUGACACAUUUAUCCAUCAUAAGCACCUGUGUUUGGUCUUUGAGCUGCUGUCAUCGAAUCUGUAUGAGCUCAUCAAGCAAAACUCGUUUCGCGGACUUAGCACAAGCUUGGUGCGCGUUUUUAUCAUGCAGCUGCUUGAUGCGCUCGUGGUACUCAAAGAAGCACGGCUCAUACAUUGUGAUCUCAAGCCGGAGAACAUUCUUCUUCGAACACUGCAAGCGCCAUCCAUCAAGCUCGUCGACUUUGGCUCGGCAUGUCACGAGGAGCAGACCGUGUACACGUACAUCCAGAGUCGCUUUUACCGCUCGCCCGAGGUCCUUCUUGGCCUACCAUAUACAGCAUCCAUCGACAUGUGGUCGCUUGGGUGCAUUGCUGCCGAGCUCUUUCUUGGUCUGCCCAUUUUCCCCGGCACGUCCGAGUACAACCAGCUGAGUCGUAUUAUAAGCAUGCUUGGCAUGCCACCAGCGUACAUGCUGGAGCGCGGCCGUCAGACCCACGAGUUUUUCAAUGCGCAUACCGACUCGUUUGGCCGAACGGUGUAUCAGCUCAAGCCUAUGGAACAAUUUUCGCGCGAGCAUCGCGUGCAGGAACAGGCCAGCAAGCAGUACUUUCCCGGCACGACCCUGCCCGAAGUCAUACGGCUCACUCCCAUUUCGCGGCGGAGCAGUAGAGCAUCGGAUGCCGAGAAGGAAAUGGCAAACCGUGCAGCUUUUACCGACUUUGUCGCAGGCCUCUUGAAUCUGAAUCCCCUCGAGCGCUGGACGCCGCAGCAGGCCAAGCUGCACCCCUUCAUCACCGGUGAGCCAUUCACAGAACCAUGGCAGCCGCCUGACAUGGUCGCGGCCAAGACUGCGGCUUCUGCCGCAGUUGCUGCUACUGCGACUGCUGCUGCCGUGGCUGCGACCACGUCGAACAAGGCGGAUGCGGUUGCGCAGGACAGCGCGUACUCUGAGCCGCCGCCGCCGGAGGACCCGUAUGUGGUCGCCGAGCCGUUUGCCAGGGCCAAUGCACGAGCAUAUAUGUCACCGUCCAAAGUCGAGACGCGACACCUGUACCAUAUGGGCAACAGCUAUCGCUCCCAUGCAUCUCGCCACGCAUCGCAUGUCCCGAUGUACUCAUAUGAUCACGAUCCCGCCUGGGGUUGGAGCCCAGCCCCGACGCCGCUGGCUUCGGUCCCACAUGCUGUAUCAUCGCAAGGCGUCGCAUAUUCCAUGUACAGCGGGGCAGCGGGGCAGCCUCCAGCCGCGGCUCAGCCAGCGCAAGGUGGUUUCGCAGUUGUGGUGCAUGGCAACGAGCCUUCGUCGUAUGCCAUGCCCGAGCAUGGGAUGCCCUCGGCGGAGGUCGCAUACGGUAUGUCGUCGUAUGCGGCGCCCUAUGAUACCUCCCACGAUGCUGUGCAUGCUGGAGCAGAUCCUUACGCACAGCCAGCACGCUACAGCAGUGAGCGGCGCAUCGAUCCACACUUGCUGCCCAUGUACGUGAACCAGCGAUAA